ACUGUGACUGUGUAGCGCCAAAUGUUGGCGAAUUGUGAUGUUGCAUGAUUAUGUACGCCCUUUUUCGUGGUUUUAACAAAAGAUAGAUUACAAUGAAAGUAUGGCGAAACCCAACCAGCUUCUUGCUGAAUUAUAAACGUUACUCUGUUUACGCCCACCCUGUGGCGCCAAAUUUGUGGCUGUAAGUUUCUGUUUUGGAGAAAGCGAAACAAGUGAUGUCUAAAUUUAAAAAAAAAAGUUAUUUUUCAAUUUUUCGUCUUUGGAAAGCCCAAUAUUUGCUUAAGGGUUUUGUAUUUCAGCCGAUGUUUAAACAGGACAUUUUUUUCAAUUAUAGUGAGCACCAAAGACAAGUAAGUUUAUGUGUACAGCGACUAAAUGUUAAGUUGCUGUCGUGCAGAACAUCUGCUACGAGUAGUAGAAAUAUGAAUAGCAUUAGGCCUUCGUCUUGGUAAUAAGAAAAUACUUAUUCAAGCAUAUUCCCUGCAUACUUUCUAGUUCAGCCAGACUUUUAAUGGCAGCCCAAGUCCAAUUGUCUUCAGUAUGGUAAUGCGCGUCAGAUGGCCACAAACAAUUCUUCCUGUAUACUUUUUCUCUUAAUAUAACUAGGAUAAAUAGAACUCGCAUUCCCACGGUUCAUAUUAUGUCAGAGAAUCGAUAUCUCUUUCACUUGAAAUCGACUACCAUCACCACAAAUUCUCUGAACAAUCAGUACAAUUGCGAAAGCUAAAUAUUCACUAUCGGUAAGAAAAAAAAAUAACAAUGCAGGUGUAGGGAGUAAAAAGUUUCAUACUAUACUGUCAAACCGCAGACGAAAGAGCCUAUAUAUGGGAGAGCAGAAAUGCGAUUGACGAAUCAGUCUCUUUCGGUGUCUAUUCGACGUGUACAACUCUCGCAUUUUUCCUCGUGUCUUUUAACAUUGAAAGUUUUCACUUCCACAUCUUCAAUUACAUCAGCCAUUACAUAGAAAUUAACCGGUCGCUGAAAAAUGGCAGUUAUUCAGCUACUUCAAUUACUGCUCACCCUGCACCUUUUAAUGAUUGUGUCAGCGGGAACGAAUGUCAACAGACAAUUGGAUAUUCCCGCCUUUCAAUCAUUCUUUUCGCAAGCUUCAUCGCAACGCUCAAAGGAUGACGUUAAAACGAAAAUCAAUACCGGAUCUGUUGUUUCAAGUGAACUUGAAGGUCCGCCCGUUAGCUCAGAAGUCGGAGUUAAUGACACACUGGCAAACAACGAGAACCUCAUUCCGAUACGUGAUUCUAAAUCUGGAACAGAAGUGAACCAUGUAAAUGUUCCAAGAAUUACGGAAUUAAGGAACGUGUCAGGAUAUCAGCAACCAUCAUCCAGUUUGAUUAAAGGGGGAUUCUCUCCUUCUUUACCUAUCCCAUCGACAGUACUAGAGAAGAAGGGACAGGAUUUUGAAUUUAAACCCAUGCUCAAUAGCAGCUCUCACGGAUCCACUCUGCUUAACAAUGCCAGAGUUGGCGGAACCCCGAACCAAUACACCGCUUUUGGCGGAAAAUCAGAACUCAUACGACUUCGACCGGACCAACCUAUCUCAGUUAAAUCUUCAAAUUUUCGUGCAAUUUCGUCCAGGAAUCAUCCGACCACUUCUUCCGUCACCCAGUCCAGCAAAGUGGCGUCAACCCGCGCAAUAUCAAACCACAAAUACGUUAACACCCAUACAGUGCCUGCCAAAACAGUGAAUUAUAACGAUUGGAUUCCGAUAAGUCCACCUAUACAAUUAACAGUAACUUCAUUGAACUCUCAAACGGUGACUAAUAAACCACCUAGUUCAAAAGGGCUGCUUCAGUCUACAACUAGCAGUCCGAGCACUACAACGCUUAAAAGAGAAGAAUACAAAAUUGAAGAAACAGAGAACAAAACAAAAGAAAAAGUACAAUUUGGAAGUUCACCAGUGACGGCCUCGAAUGGAGAUGUUCGGGAAGUGGAUAACGACAGCAAUCCUAGUUUCUUAAGAGGAUUUAGCUUCAAAAAGCCUAGUACACCUUUGUACGGACAAGUACUCUACCCACCUCGGAAAUACGCUCCAGCAAAACGCCCAAUAACCAAGUAUGCCUCCAAAAUUCCAGUCGUUUCAGUACCGCCCAAAAAUGUCGGCGAAAUCAUUGCUGGAGGAGCAGGUGCACAGCCGCCAAUUCAACCCGUGCAUCAACCCGUGCACCAGUAUAACCCCCCGCCAGGCCAACGGCCAUUUAAACCUCUGGUUAAUGUACCUCAUACAACUAUGAAUAGCGGUUACGGGUUAUCGGAAAAUAGCCUAAACGGAAAUGGUGGUGUCAAAGAAGUUACCAAUGUAGGUUUUGCGAAUCCAUUUCAGCCGAUAAAAACCAAUAGUAGCCCAGAACUUCCCACCUUAAGACAGUUCAGCGGUCCAGUCAACGGCAAUCCUCCGCACUCGCCCAUUCAGACGAACUUUGACGAUGGUUAUGUUGACGAUGUUGGUACAGUCAGCUCAUUCAGCUACUUUCGCAACCUGGAAUCUGAAAUAUCUGGGCCCAAAGGUUUUGACAAUGCUUUCAGCAUUCAUGCCGGACGGAACAUAGCGAAGGAAUUCAAUAAAAAUAUGUUCGAUCAUACUGGCUUUCCUGGUAAUGGUCAAAGCGCCAAAAGCAAUAAGAACCAUGGGAUAAGCGGAGGAAAGUACUAACUUUUC